GUCUCCUUCAGCCUCCCUGAGCAUCAGUCCCGACAGAUCUCAGUUCCUUGAAUAUAUGUCUUUCUCUCUGAGCUGUGAGGUUCAGGUGAGUUCUACUGGAUGGAGACUGAAGAGGUACACAGCGACUGUGAAACCGUCAGAGUCUGGUGUCGACUGGGGGUUCAAUCAAUCCAACUACGUCAUCAAGACAGCCAAAACAUCAGACAGUGGAGUGUACUGGUGUGAGUCUGGGUCUGGAGAACACAGCAAUGCUGUCAACAUCACAGUACAUGGUGGUGCUGUGAUCUUGGAGAGCCCCGCCCUUCCUGUGACUGAGGAUGAUUCUGUGACUCUGCGCUGCAAAUAUCAGGCAACUCUCGUUGAACUCACAGCUGAUUUCUACAAAGAUGGAUCCCUCAUCAGGACUGAGACGACAGGACAGAUGACCAUCCCUGCAGUAUCCAAGUCAGAUGAAGGGCUCUACAAGUGUAACAACUCUGAAGGAGAAUCACCAGCGAGCUGGAUGACUGUGACAGGUGAGUAAAAUAAAAUCACAGAAUUAUAAUGUAUAUUUUUUUUAAUCGUAUAUUUCUUAUUUUGGUUUAGUUAAUAUAAAUGUGAAG